AUGUGGGGUUUUCUCAGCACCAUCCUCAAGAUUGCUGAUAUCCUCACUGUCAAGGGUGACACUGGUGCCAUCGUCGAGUACCACGGUCCCGGAACUGAUGCCAUCUCUUGCACUGUAGAGGAGAGCGAAGGUCGUCGUCAUCCUGAGAUGGUCCCUUAUCAUCCAAAUGUCUUACCUGAGUGCUAA